AUUGGUACAUUUAUUUCCUAAAUGUACAUUUUUCUGUAAACCAAAACUUUUCUUUCAAAAAAUAAAUGGAGCAUUUUGUUAAAUAAGAUUUUCCUUUAAAUUUGAUGAGAACUGUCAUUUCUGUCGCAUUCUGAUGCAGACUUGCAUCAAGCUCCCCCUUCCGUAUGAAUAUUUGUUACUAUGUUGCUAUAUUGUUAAAUAUUUGUGUCAUAAAUAAAUAAAAAAAAACACUGACAGUUACUCAAUAACAGCACAAAAACACCGUUCUUCCUUAAGCAACAAGAGGGCUCCUCAUUAGGUGACGUUCCACGAGCUGAUUGGAGCGCCAGAGUGUUAUGUUAAUGAGGAGGCGGGCUCGUGUGAAAUGAGUAGGUGACGUCAACUCUCAUUCCGCAGAGAGCGAAACAAACAUGGCGGCGGAAUGGAGCGGUAAGGGGUCCACGCUGACGUUAAUAGUGUUAUUUUGGUGUAAAGUAUGUACGAACGAAGCGCAGUCCUGGCGGAGCGACAGCCGGAUCCUCGGCAUGCGGCUGGAGAGCAGCGACAAGCCCGCCACGAUCGCCGAUGACGGGAUCAUACAGGUAACCGAGGAGAGCAACAUCCUGCUCAGGUUCUACGGACUGCAGAUCAACAAUGACACCUGGUCGCAGAUUAAGUUCACGGAUCAGGGGGAAGACAGCAGCAGCUCUGAUUCGAACAGGACUUGUGCUGAUUUUACAAAAGACAUGUCCAUCAGCCCCGUUAUGACGGUCAACAGCCAGGGCACAUCUGGAGUGCUGGGUGUCAAAAUCAAACCACUUCGGAAAAGUGAGACCCAUAGGGAUUAUGGCUUGUGCAUCAGACACAACCGAGAUGGAAAGUGGUACCUGCUGGGAGAGGACGAUGGGAAGUUACGUGUGGUGGAGGAAAAGAAGUCUCUGCUUCCCAUUUGGCUCCAGGUGAUCUUGAUAUGCUGCCUGUUGGUGCUGUCAGGUAUGUUCAGUGGUCUCAACCUGGGUCUCAUGGCGUUGGACCCCAUGGAGCUGCGAAUCGUGCAGAGCUGUGGCACGGAUAAAGAAAAGAAGUACGCGCGUAAGAUCGAGCCCAUUCGGAGGAAAGGCAACUACCUGUUGUGUUCGCUUCUCCUCGGCAACGUCUUGGUCAACACCACGCUGACCAUCCUGCUCGACGACCUCAUCGGCUCCGGUUUGGGUGCCGUGGUGGCGUCGACCAUCGGCAUCGUCAUCUUCGGUGAGAUCGUUCCUCAGGCUCUCUGUUCUCGCCAUGGCUUGGCGGUAGGCGCCAACACCAUCAUGGUCACCAAGUUCUUCAUGUUGUUGACUCUUCCGUUGUCCUAUCCCAUCAGUAAGCUUCUAGAUUGCGUGCUGGGGCAGGAGAUAGGCACCGUGUACAAUCGGGAGAAGCUGGUGGGGAUGCUGAAGGUGACCGAGCCGUACAACGACCUCGUGAAAGAGGAGCUCAACAUGAUCCAGGGAGCUCUGGAGUUGAGGACUAAAACGGUGCAGGGCAUCAUGACACCGCUCGGUAACUGCUUUAUGAUCAACAGCGACACCGUCCUGGACUUCAACACCAUGUCGGAAAUCAUGGAGAGCGGGUACACGCGCAUCCCUGUGUAUGAAGAGGAACGCACCAAUAUAGUGGACAUCCUUUUUGUGAAGGACCUGGCGUUCGUGGACCCAGAUGACUGCACCACCUUGAAAACCAUCACUAAGUUCUACAACCAUCCGGUGCACUUUGUUUUUCACGACACUAAGUUGGAUUCCAUGUUGGAGGAGUUUAAAAAAGGUAAAUCACACUUGGCAAUCGUUCAGAAAGUGAAUAAUGAAGGAGAGGGAGAUCCGUUCUAUGAGGUGCUGGGAUUGGUCACCCUGGAAGAUGUCAUUGAAGAAAUCAUCAAAUCAGAAAUCUUGGAUGAGUCUGACCUUUAUACUGAUAACCGCCACAGAAAGAAAGUGGCGCACAAUAAGAACAAACGUGAUUUUUCUGCUUUCAAACAAGAGAGCGAAUCUAAAGUCAAGAUCUCCCCUCAGCUGCUAUUGGCUGCUCAUCGUUUUCUCGCAACAGAGGUUAAUUUGUUCAGUCCGUCUCAGAUCUCCGAAAAGGUUCUUUUGCGAAUUCUUAAGCACCCCGAUGUGAUCCAGGAUAUCAAAUUCAACGAGAACGAUAAGAGAUCGGCACACCACUACCUUUACCAGCGAGGCAAACCCAUAGACUACUUCAUUCUCAUACUGCAGGGCCGUGUGGAAGUGGAGGCCGGAAAUGAAAAUAUGAAGUUUGAAACCGGACCUUUCUCUAACUACGGUGUCAUGGCUCUGACCGCUCCAACACUAGUCAGUGUGUCUCGUCCUCAUCGUCUGUCUCUUAAGAGAUGUUCUUUCUUCUCCCGUUUCCCAGAGUUUCGCUCGCCCUCUCAUAUCAGCGGUCUGAAUCGCUCUGCGUCGCUGAGCUACACGGACCGGCCUGAAACUCACUCCGUAAGCGGCAGCAACACGCAGCUCAGCAGCGCCGCCUUGCCGCAGUACACACCAGACUUCAACGUUCGAGCUCUCACAGACCUACAAUUUGUAAAGAUCACACGUUCUCAGUAUCAGAACGGCCUGGUGGCGUCGCGACUGGACAGCUCGCCGCAAUCUCCAGACAGUGGACACACGCGUGCAAAUAACAGCACAUCUUCCGUCCCCAAUCGCUCUUUAGAAAACAUGGUCACGCUUACAGACACCCCCGAUGAGACGACAUCGCUCCUCAACGAGCAGAACAGUCUGCCCGCCCGUCAGGCCAACCACAACACGCUUAACGACAGCACCAUCUGACACACGUAUGAUCAUCGCUUCUCACUGGCAUGCACCAUCCACAACUUUGGACAUACGGAGAUUACCAACAACAGGACAUUAAGCACUUUUUCCUGGACAGUGAUUCAAGUACGUUUAGAAUAACCAUAACCGUUUUAGCGUUAGCCAUAGCAGAUGCCAGUAACUUGACGACGCAGUAUGUCUAUGAAAAGCAUUCGAACCAGGAAGGCGUAACGUGAUAUAAACUACGCAGGAUGAAAGCCAAAGUGUAUCUGACCGGAGAGAGAGAGAAAGAGCCGUGUUUUCAACAGACUGACUCGGGCAUUUUAUAGACUGUCCAAAUAGAGACAUUUAUAUAUAUACAGAAAUGUUUAUUUUGUCAUUUUUCUAUCGAGAUUGCUCACAGAGAUUUGCGGAAGGUCAUCGUAAAAGAGGGAAACUGCAGAUGCCUUUUUUAUUUCGUGUUAGUUCAUAGUCACUCAUCUUCGUACCAAAUUAUCUUGGUGUCAUUUGUGCGCGAGUGUAUGUGUGUUUGAGUGAAAGAGAGGAUGAGAAUGAGAUUUAGAGAGCGAGUGUGUGUUUGUAGCCUAUAUAAGAUUUGGGCCGUCGGCGCUCAAGCAAGCAUUAACUCAGGGAUAUAGUGACGCUGAACUUCACAUACAAACUGCAUGUGCGAUGAUUUCCUGUUCGUUAUAUGAUAUGAUUUCGUGUUCAAGUGAUCAAAAAGUGAAGCAUGCUGUUGUUUAAGUGGUAAACUAUACAUAAACCGCAUACAGGAACAAAUGACAUCCACAUGUACUUUUAAUGUCAGAAACUUCAGGUUGUCUGAGGAGACAGGUCAUGUGAUUCGGUGUCAGUGUAUGUGUAGAAUUACGUCAAGUCCUUUUAAAAUUAAUGCAUUUUUAACUCCAAAGAAAACGAGCAUUAGCUGUUGUAGUGCAAAUUUGUUUCUUUGUCAUUUUUUUUGCGUGAUAGAGCUCGUAAACUGUUUCUCCCGAUGGACCAGAGGUGAACCAACCAAAAGAAUAUAACUUUUGCUGUAUUUAUUUAGCAUCAAAUUUCACUCUUUUAUUUUAUAAAUGUUUUUUUUCUUUGUUUUGUGAAUUGUUAAAAUGUCUGUGUUUUGUAAGCAGGCUAGUUGGAUGGUUAUUUUUUGGGCCAUGGACUCAUUUAGACCUAACUGAGAGGGGAAUGGCCGUUUCAGGACAUCAGGCAUCAUAAUUGUUUGGUUUCUUUGCCUUUUUUUCACUGUUCAUCAUUUGCUUUAAAACCAAAUAUGUUUUAAAAGAACAAUCAAAGUGUAAAGUGUCUGAGAUGAUGACACAUGACUAGCCAAAUGAAUACCUAAAAAGCCUCUUAAUCUGUAGCAUCUCUUGAAUAUGAUAUAAAGAGGCAGAAGAACUGCACUGUGUGAGGUAUUUAUGAAGACACUCCCUGUUCUGUCAAGCUUGAAUCGGUUUCUGUCAUUUAAUUAGUCAUAACAUUGUGAAUUUACUUUUUUAUGGAAACUGAAGCAAUUUGUAUGUGUGACAACCUCUUGAUUCUUUUUAUAUACUGUAUUUUCCCAAGUUAUUUUGUGGUUUGGGAGAGGUCUUCUUUUAGAGUAUCUGAGUUUGGCUAUUAAAUUAUUUAUUAAAUCAGUGUAAUAUGUAUAAAUUCUUGUGUUUAUCAUCAGUGCCCUGGCGUAUUACAAUACCGCUUAAAGCUUGUGGGUGUGCAAAAGAACUAAAGGGAAUUAAUAAUCAGAUCAUUUUAACUGACUGUAAACAUGAAACUGCCACGCCUGAGUAUUUGAUUAGAAUAAGGUUAACCCUAGAUGAGUGUGUAAUUUUAAUAAGGUGGAAAUGCUGAAGUGGUGUAAACAUGAAAGACACACUCAGUUUAUUCUGUGAAAAGGGUUAUUGAUUUGUGCUAUAAUUAUAAGUGCCAUUAAAUGCAUAUGUUUCCAUUGUAAAUGAUGUUACAGCUUUGUAUGGUGUAA